GAAAUUCACAACCGGAACCUCUGUGUGUUAAACUGUAUUUGUUUGAAGCUGUUUGUUUACAAGUGCGAUUUAUCGGAGAAAUGUCCUAAAACAAGCUGGAUUGAAUCACUUUAAUUCAUCAUAAUGAAGCUGAGAGUUCGGAUCCUGCGUCAGACGAGUCGCGUCGAAUUAUCCGGAGAAGAUCCGAGUCUGAAGGACCUCUCGGAUCUGAUCAGAGAGACGCUGCUUUCUGCACAUGGACUCAGGUCGGACAGCGCCUUCAGUUUGUCUCUGAACGGCUCCGAGCUGCUCUCUGUGGCCGGGCAGACUUUGUCUUCCUGUGACAUCGUGUCUGGAGAUCUGAUCUGCGUCCUGCUGCCAAACAACAACGACACAAACGCAAAACCUUCCCAAAACAAAUCCUCCUGCAGCUCCAACAUGUCUAUCUACCAGAGCUGCUCCUCUUCCUCCUCAUCAUCAUCAUCUUCUUCCUCAUCUUUCACCUCCUGCAGCUCCUCCUCCUCGUUUAAAUCCUGCAGCUCCUCCUCAGACAGCCAGCAGUCGGCGGCCAUGCCCUCCGUCCAGCCCAGUGUUGUUCCUGCAGCAGCGGACCCCCCCAUGGAGGUGUUUCCCCCCCGCCCCUGCACCUGGGACCCCCUGCUGUGCAGCGAGGCGUCGGGGGGGCAGGUUCCUCUCUCUCUGGAGCUCCUCCUCGUCUCCGCCCCCCCCUCCUGCCCAGCUGACGCCGUCAUGGUGGCCGCUCACCUGCUGAUGCUGGAGACGGGAUUCCUGCCACAGGACUGUGCUACAGGUCAGAUGCCUGCAGGAUGGAGGUCUCCUUCUGUCUAUAGGCUGCAGUAUUCUCACCCUCUGUGUGAAAACAGCCGAGUCAUGGUGCUGGCAGUAACCAUGGGCCCUGAACUCGUCAUCAACGCCACUCUGAAGGUGGGGGAGAAAGUGGACACGGUCCCUAAACUGUGUGUGAAGCCGGACGUGUUCCUCACCCCCCAGUGGAGAGGAGAAAGUGCAGCCGCUGCGUUCAAAGACCUGAGCAAACUGUCUCGUCUCUUCAAAGAUCAGAUUUCUUAUCCUCUGAUCGCUGCAGCUCGAGCAGCGAUGUCUCUCCCGGUGGUGUUCGGCCUCGCCGCUCUCCCCCCCGAGCUGCUGCUCAGAGUCCUCCGACUGCUCAACGUCCAAUCAGUGCUCAGCGUUUCCUCCACCUGCAAACACCUGAACACCUGCAGCCAGGACGCGUCGCUGUGGAGGCACCUGGUGCACAGAGACCACACAGAGACCACACAGUUCGAGGUGCCAGCAGAGACACGGACUGGAAAGAGUUCUACAGAAAACACUACAAACAUCGACGUGAACGUCUUUGGCGUCACCAUCACGCUCCCCCCUUUCCCCCCUUCCCCCCCCUCGCCCGCCCCCCCCCUCCCCCACCCCCACCCGAUGCACCCUCCCCUCCCCCCAGGCAUCAUCGGGGGGGAAUACGACCAGCGGCCCCUACUCCUGCUGCCCCCCCGCCCCCGAUACGACCCGAUCCACGGCCCCCCCCCCCCCUCCAGACCUGCAUCCCGGGAGACCCAGAGCCGCCUGGUGGAGGCCGGCUGACGUGAGGAGGGGCUUCAUCUGAAGAGGGAAUAAAGAUGACAACAAAUAAAUCAUUAUGACCCUUAUAAUUAACAUUAGCGUCAAUGUUGAAGGUAAUAAUCCAGAUAAAGCAGUUUUGUAACACA